UCUUUUCCUUGCUGCAGGAGUUGCUAGAAAAAAUUCUGCUGGUGACGCCAUCGUCCAACACAGAGCAAGACAGUAAAGUAUUUUACCUGAAAAUGAAGGGGGAUUACUACCGGUACCUGGCAGAGGUUGCAAGCGAAAGCUCGAAAGAUGACACGAAGACGAAAUCACAACAUGCCUACCAGACGGCGUUUCAAUUAAGUGAACAACAUUUGCCGUCGACACAUCCAAUCCGUCUGGGACUGGCGCUAAACUUCUCAGUAUUUUUCUAUGAAAUUGUCAACAACCCUUCUGAGGCUUGCACUCUUGCGAAAAAAGCCUUCGAUGAUGCGAUUGCCGAACUGGACAGUUUGAAGGAGGAUUCCUACAAAGACAGCACGCUCAUCAUGCAGUUGUUAAGAGACAAUCUCACGUUGUGGACGUCAGAUGGUAAUGACGAUGACGACCAAGUGGACGCGGACUAACUCUCCAGCUUCAAGUAACUGUAGUGUGUUAGUGCCCACAAACGUUUUUUGCUCAUGCUCAGAACAGUCUCCAGUUUACCUUAAAGCACGACUGAUCAAUAUCAACAGUGUAACUUUCUUUUUUUGUAAAUUUCCUCAGCAGUGUUUCUCAAUUUUCAUCAGAGAAACUGUAUCGCGUGUAUCACCGUAGAUAUGAGCUUGUUUACAUCACAGUGUUGAUCAUCAUAAAAAUGAAGAAAAGAGGAAAAAUUGAAAAAAAAAAAAGGAAAUGCCCAGUUAGCAUUAUCAGGUUCAAAUGAAACAUUUGUUGGAUUUGUUUUUAAGGUGUAGUCAAACGGAUUUACUAAGAAGACAAUCUACACUCCUGUGUCAUUUCUGGCUGUGUUGCAUCAUUUCUUCCUACAAACAUAGCAAAGAUGCCUUUGGCUUCAGUGAAAAUUAGUUGCCUCUCAUGCCUAAAACACUUUAAAGUGUGACUGAGUAACUUUCAGAGAACAGGAGGAAAGAAAAUUUUGGCUAGCAAAUAUCAUAAAAAUCUUUUGAUAUUAGCUGAGAAACCAAUUUCUUCCGUUGUUUAUGAAAACAACACAGGAAAUACACAAGUUGACACUGGCCAAUCAUGGCUCUCUUCACUGGUUCGUCAUCCAAAUGACAGCACUUUCUUUGUCAAUUUUCCAGAUUUCUGGUGUUCAGUGUGUUCUCCCAACUAAAAUAUAAAAAGUACAACUAAAAAAACCUGCCAACAAAAUAAAAAUAGAAAGUAGAAGUGCUUGCCUUGUGAAUGCCUGAGCAGGCAGAAUGGUAUUUACUUAAUUUAAGUCGUAGUGUGUAGUACAUAUUUUACCCAAGCAAAGCCUAACACGACUAAGAUGAAUUGAUAGUGUAGACCGUUUGUCAUGGUUAACAUCUCGCUGUUUGCAAACCAAAGAGCAUAAAAACAUUUUUGAGCUGACAGAUGUCGCCCACAGGAAUGUUUUUGCCCCGUGUUGGUAGCUCAAAGGACCAGUCAGUAACAGUGGUUCUGAGCACUGUGUACUACGCUUGCUUUCAUCGCUAAAUGAUCUGGGUCACUUAAAACAGGCUUAAUAUGUAUUGUAUUAAGACGAAAAUUACAAAAGUGUUAAAACUAUGUAGCCAUACAAAUUGAAAGGAUAUUCUUACUGCUAAAGAUUAUAGUAGUGUUCACGUUCAAUUGGCUUGGUGUUCAUGUAUACUAGUGCUAGAUAUUAGUGACUGACUUGUACUAUUGUAAUAAAUUGUCUUCUAUUAUACUACCUAUCAUUUUUAAGCUACAAAAAGAAAAAAAAAUCAACCAAAUGGUUUGAGCUAAGGCAAGACUGAUAGGUUGCUCGGCCUAACUUUUGUGAUCUGCUUCGUGUUCUGGUUGGCAUGGUGUAUGGAGUUACGGGUGCAACUGUGUAACAUGCUUUGGGAUUCACCCAGGAAGACUACAGUUGCAUGUUCUUUUUCGUCGUUUGUCUUGAUUUCUUUUUUUUUUUAGUGACAUUCGUUUCGGUCGCAUUUUGCUACAUCUUGUGGUCAGUUUUGGAUCCUUAGGUGGUCACUCCUUUUGAUCCAAAUACCAGCUCUUGUGAUAGUUAAUGUGCUGUUUAUAUAUUGUUUGACAGUGAGCAAUUGUUGCUUGAUACCUUCUAAAUCCACAUUUCUGUUUGGAUUUUGUACAACUACCCUGCAGUCAACUUUGAUAGGAGUAGGAUUUUGAUGCCUGUUUGCUUCCAUACUUACCCAUUCCCAUAUCACCUUUCUGUAUCAGUGAUGAACUUGUCCCGGGUACAAAUCCAACCUGCUGAAUUUAACAGUCUAUCAACUUGAUAUACAUGUCUAGUGCUCUUGUUCAUUGUUGAUACAUUGGUCCCCAUUUAAUUGCUACAGACUGUUUAUUAGAAUAAACAAAUGAGUCCUGGUAGGCAGAAUAGAUGUUGACGUCGUUUCUAAAGGUCAUUCAGUUCAUUGGAUCUACCUUGCACAGUAAAUUGUUUCCGUUUUUAAGAAAUUUAGGCAGUAGAUGUUAUAAUGAUGAUACAUUCAUGUUGGAAUUAAAUAAUUUGUUGUAUUUAAAACUAAUUGAUUUGCUGUAAGGACCAGAAGAUUUUUAUUAUACAGAAUGGAGGCUCGAAACAAGAGGGCCUAGAAAGUCUUGUCAAACAACAAGUAAAUUGUGCUAAAAUUUGAAUAAAGCUGAAAUGUUGGUCUUUUCAUUGGCUUUCAGAGAUUGGUGGAAGUCACGUGGUCUGGAAUAUUAUCUAGCAGUGUUUUUUCCCAUCACUGUCUGUAGAAGUAGUUUGGAUGUAACAGUUGGCUUAACAAUGUACAAAUAAAACAUUGAAUCACAUGUGUACCGUAAAGUCACGAGGGAAUAAGCAGUAAUGACGAUACAUGCAUCUUGAAAUAAGGGUAGUGGCAAGAUUAGACUCGACUGUGCUGAUUUUGGAGAACUUCAAUGCCUAAAAUUGUGUGUUUCUCUGAGGAUGACGGUAUUUGUUCUAACAAAAUGUAUACAUGUAUCUUGUUGCUGGCAGAAGGUGUCAUUUUAAUUUGAGACUGUUGCAAGCAACGUUUUGCCGAUUUUCAAACACAUUGCACGUAUGAACUGCUUGGCGUAAGACGGUACCCUUACCAAAUUGUUCCUCGUUAUUGCUUUGAAUGAUUAAAACACCGGUUCCUUAUUUACUUCAAACCCGUUUUAAAAAUGGCCUCAGUGUGACGACAUAGAAAGCUAAAUCCUAGGGUCGUCAUUUCCAAACCGUAUGGUGCAGCAAUUUUCCACCAUUAGAAGUAAAUUUAAGAUUGGUAAAGCAGUGACAAGUCCCGUCUUUUGAUGUUUAUGAAAAUUAAACAUUUGAAGCUUCAUGUUUGGCAUUGGAAUACCUUCAUUAUUGCAUGAAUGUGGAAGCUAUGUAGCUUUCUGGUCUGUAAAUUGUUUCAAUUUGUUCCUUAAGAUCCGUAGAAUGAAUGGACUUAAACGGAUAAAGAAAUUGGUGUAUCCACA